UAAACAACCACUGGCAAAUAUGAGUGAUAGUCCAGAGAGAUCUCUCCCCUUUGCGGACGCCGCGACUAUAGUUAGGGCGCAUCAGAAGGAUGCAUACUUUGAAACGUCAUUCCAAACACAACUUCAGGAAGUCUUGCAUAUAUUCAAAGGAUCAAGAUUUGUAAAUACACAUCCGGAAGAAAUCACCGUUGCCUCGAAGGCCAUUUACUUGGCAUUGACCACUCUUAUAGGGGCUAGAACCUUGGGUGAAGAGUAUGUGGACCUUAUAUAUGUCAACCGGAAAGGUAAUCGGUUCCCACGACUCUUGGGCCGGUUGGGAUUCCUACUUUCGUAUGCAGUUCUUCCAUAUCUUGUGACGAGGUUCAUCCGAAGAAUCCGUCCAAAUGUUGGAGAGGAACAACACGAACAACAAGAUAAAUUAAGUACUUGGGGUAAACUUACAAACUUUUUAACGUCAUACCCUAAAGUAUUGGAUACUCUUUUAAACUUACAUAUAGCCAUUUUUUAUUUCCAGGGAGAAUUUUAUUCAUUAUCGAAAAGAAUAUUUGGUUUAAGGUAUGCCUUUGGACAUAAUAAGGACAGAGCAAAGUUACAAUCUGCUACUGGUAACUAUUCAUUCCUUGGGGCAUUGAUUUUACUUCAAUUUAUGGUAAAAUCAUUAUUUAAAUUCAAAAGUUAUACUGAUGAAAAGAAACGAACUAAGAAGGAGAAGGAACUACAAUUGAAGGGGGAAGGUAAAGAAAAUGAAGUAAUUGAUAGAACGAAAAUCUCUGAAAUUCAAACUUUAGAUAAAUUUAAUCAAGAAUUAACUUCCAGUUCAAAAAAGCUGUUGGUUACUUCUGCCGUGAUUGAUUUAACAAAUAGUGAAGAAUUACCAUAUCUCCCUGAAAAUUCAAGGUCUUGUAUGUUGUGUUUAUCACCCAUGGUGAAUCCUUCUGCAGCUGUGUGUGGGCAUCUUUUCUGUUGGGAAUGUAUUGUUGAUUGGGUUAGGGAACAUCCAGAAUGCCCAUUAUGUCGUCAACAAUGUUUGGAACAGAAUUUAUUACCGUUACGCUAAAUAAGAAAAAAAUAUAUUGCUUCUUUGAACUGCCAAUUCUAUGGCAUGAAAGAAGUUGAUUAUAUAAGAUGAUAUGAAUCUUCAGAAGAUGUAUAAGGUAACUUUUUGAAGGUACUAAUUAAUAGAGUAUUAUCUGGAGAUCUUUAUAUUUUAUUAGUCGAGUGGAUAGGUUAUAUCAAUAAUGAUGACAUGAAAUAC